UUGUUAAAUUAACCUUAUUUUUGUCCUCUACCAAACUACAAUUUGUUUUUCCCCAAGAAUCAGCUACUAAUCAUCAAAGAUUGGCAAUAUUUCUUUUUUUUUGUUAUAUUAUCUACUAGCUGCCAUUUCUGACCAAUAAAUAGCCCAUAUAUAUGUGCUUGCCUGUGUAUUAUGAGCUGAUAAACCUGAUUAACCAUGGCUGAAAAGCAAGUCAUACCAUGUUUUCUGAUACUGGUUUUGUUUUCCUUAGUAACUAUGCAUGUAUCAGCUUUUCCAUCUAACAGGAUAAAAUCUUUGAGUAUCAUCAGAGAAGUGAACAGACAAGGGCCUUACUUAGGUCUUAUAACAGUUUAUCCACCUGAAGAAAAUAGCUUUUUCGCAACUGGGGCUUUCAAGCCAUAUGGCAAACACCCUUUCGUAGAUCUAUCAGGACGACGAUUCCGGAUAGGAAAGAUCCGGGAGAAGAAAGUUAUCUAUGUCAGAUGCGGGGUUGGAAUGGUAAAUGCAGCUGCAGCAACACAACAAAUGGUGGAUAUGUUUGAUGUGAAAGGAAUAGUUCAUUUCGGCAUUGCUGGGAAUGUAAACAACUCCAUGUCUAUUGGGGAUGUUACCAUUCCCAAGGAAUUUGCUCAUACUGGAAUUUGGGAUUGGCUGAAUCCUGAUGAAACAUUGCCCUCCAAUGAUAUUGCUCAAUUGGAAUUCGGAAACUACAAUGUACCAGAAAAAGAUGGAAUGAAUCUAUUAGGACAUAUUGGUUAUAAUUAUGAGCAAUUCUAUUAUGAGUCAGGUAAGCCGAAUUCUGCCACACCACUGUUUUGGGCACAAACAAGUCAGGCAUGGCUUCAGGUUGCUGCUGGUUUGGAGGGUAUGGAACUGGAAAAGUGUGUAAAUUCAAGUUCAUGUCUUCCUCAAAAGCCUAAGCUAGUUGUUGGGCUUAAGGGCUCCACCGCCAACAUUUUUGUGGACAAUGCAGCUUAUAGAGAUUUCCUUUACCAAACUUUUGCAGUUUCAUCAGUAGCUAUGGAGAGUGCUUCUGUUGUCAUGACAAGCUUGUCAAAUGGGGUUCCUGUGAUUGUCAUCAGAGGCCUAUCAGACUUAGCUGGAGGUCAGAAGGGGCAGAAUGCAAUUCAGAAUUUUGGGCCACUUGCUGCUCUCAAUGCUGCUAAAGCUGUAGUGCAAUUUAUUAUCAAGCUACCAGCAGAUAAUUCAGGAUACUAGUCAGCAAAUGUAUAUGUACUAGACAAUCAUUAGUGGCUUAAUUAGCACUAAAUAAAAAUAUAUUUGCCCAUGUAAUGUUUUCUUUUUAAGAGAUAAUAGCUCAAAAGUUUUAUUUCUCCAUAAUUAUUGAUCAAGAAAAAUGAAAGACCCAUUUCUAUUUUUUGUAA